AGGAGCCGCGACGAGAUGAGGCGCGCAUCAGGGCGCGUGAGACAAUGAGCUGGGUGGCGAGGCAGCGGCAUCAGCAUCAUCAUCAACAGCAGCAGCAGCAUCAGCAGCGGCGGCAACAGAACUCAGCUGGCCAAAAAAAGAACGCGGAGUGGCAAGAGCAGUAGGAGGGAGGUGAAGAAGAAGAAGAAGAAGAGGAGGAGGAGGAAGAGGAGGAGGUAGGAAUAGUGAAAUUUAAACAGAGGUGCGUGGCUGACAGAUCACUGCUGCUUUGGUGUCCGCUUGGCUCGCAGCGAGUGAGGAAGAUCGGGAUCAACUUCACGGGACGAUGUGUGCUGACAGGAUGGUGAUGACGGACCUGUUGAAAGCAGAGGAGAUCAAGAAAGCUCUUGAUGCCUUUGCAGCAGAGACGUUCGACCCUAAAAAGUUCUUCGACCUGGUGGGAAUGACGGCCAUGUCGGCCGAGAGUGUCAAGCAGGUCUUCCGGGUUCUGGAUGUGGACGGAAGCGGCUUCAUAGAAGAAGAGGAACUAAAGUAUGUACUGAAGGGCUUUUCCAAGGACGGCAGAGACUUGACAGAUGAUGAGACAAGAGUUUUCCUCAAAGCCGCGGACAAAGACGGUGACGGCAAGAUCGGCAUUGACGAGUUCGAAGCGAUGGUGCAUGAGUAGGAGACAGCGGGAUGUCCUCCUCCUCCUCCUCCUCCCUGCAUUCAUAGUUUAAACUUGCCACCAUCAAACUCCUCUCACCUCCCUGGGGAAACCCACGCAUGGAGUCAGACCAGCCUGACCGCUCACCCACGACAACAGGCAGCAUCCUACGGGAGGUGUUACCAGAUUUGGGUUUAAUGUUCUUGUUCGGUAUCAAAUUUACUUCUGUAUCAGGUCACAAUCAUUCUUGAUGAGCUCAUAAAGAUAGCUUGGUGCUAGUGCUGUUGUUUUCCAAAUUAUUAUUUUUCAUGUCUGUUAAUUUUUUGGUGUGUUCACAUGCCAGUGCACCUCCAUCCUCCUCUUCACCACGCACCCCCUCUCAUCCACCUCUAGAUGACACAAUAAAGAAGAGAGAAGACAGUAAGAAAUGAUAAUAAAAGAGUAUUGAGUAAUGGA